AUGGGGGCGGUGCUGGUGCGGCGCGGGGGCUGCCUGCUGCUCUGGCUGGCCCUGCUGCUGGGCUGCUGGGCCGAGCUGGGCAGCGGGCUGGAGUUCCCGGGUGCGGAGGGCCAGUGGACCCGCUUCCCCAAGUGGAACGCCUGCUGCGAGAGCGAAAUGAGCUUCAACAUGAAGACACGCAGCUCCAGCGGGCUGGUGCUCUACUUCGACGACGAGGGUUUCUGUGACUUCCUGGAGCUCAUCCUCACCCAGGGAGGGCGGCUACAGCUCAGCUUCUCCAUCUUCUGCGCCGAGCCCGCCACCCUGCUCUCGGACACGGCGGUCAACGACAACCUCUGGCACGCCGUUGUCAUCCGCCGCCACUUCAAGAACACGACGCUGAUCAUUGACCGAGCGGAGGCCAAGUGGGUGGAGGUGAAGUCCAAACGGCGGGACAUGACUGUCUUCAGCGGGCUCUUCCUAGGAGGGCUCCCGCCGGAGCUGCGUUCGGCGACGCUAAAGCUGACGCUCUCCUCCGUCAAGGACCGGGAGCCCUUCAAGGGCUGGAUAACAGACGUGCGGGUGAACUACACGCAGGUGUCACCGCUGGAGAGCCAGGAGGUGCGGCUGGAUGAUGAGCAGAGCCGGCUGUGCGCCAGGGACGACGUCUGCCUCAACGGGGGCGUCUGCUCGGUGCUCAACGACCAGGCCGUCUGCGACUGCUCCCAAACGGGCUUCCGAGGGAAGGACUGCAGUGAAGAAGACAACUAUGUGGAAGGUCUGGCGCACCUGAUGAUGGGCGACCAAGGAAAAGAAGAAUAUAUUGCCACAUUCAAGGGAUCAGAGUACUUCUGCUAUGAUUUAUCUCAGAACCCCAUACAGAGCAGCAGUGAUGAAAUAACUCUGUCCUUUAAAACGCUGCAGAGGAACGGACUGAUGCUUCACACAGGGAAAUCGGCUGAUUAUGUCAAUCUUGCACUGAAAAAUGGAGCUGUCUCCUUGGUCAUUAAUUUGGGCUCAGGGGCCUUUGAAGCGCUGGUGGAACCUGUGAAUGGGAAAUUUAAUGACAAUGCCUGGCAUGAUGUGAAAGUAACCAGGAAUCUGCGUCAGGUGACAAUAUCAGUGGAUGGAAUUCUGACCACAACGGGAUACACGCAAGAAGACUACACCAUGCUGGGCUCUGACGACUUUUUCUAUGUUGGAGGCAGUCCUAGCACAGCAGACCUCCCAGGGUCACCAGUCAGUAACAACUUUAUGGGCUGUCUCAAAGAGGUUGUAUAUAAAAAUAACGAUGUCAGGUUGGAGCUGUCUCGACUUGCCAAGCAAGGAGAUCCUAAAAUGAAGAUUCAUGGGGUUGUAGCAUUUAAAUGUGAGAAUGUUGCAACCUUAGAUCCAAUCACAUUUGAAACACCAGAGUCUUUCAUCUCUCUGCCAAAGUGGAAUGCCAAGAAAACAGGCUCGAUAUCAUUUGACUUUCGUACAACUGAGCCAAAUGGCCUCAUUCUUUUCAGUCAUGGGAAACCAAGGCACCAAAAAGAUGCCAAACAUCCACAGAUGGUGAAGGUUGAUUUUUUUGCCAUUGAGAUGCUUGAUGGCCACCUCUACCUAUUGUUAGACAUGGGAUCAGGUACUAUAAAAAUAAAAGCCUUGCAGAAGAAGGUGAAUGAUGGUGAAUGGUACCAUGUGGAUUUUCAGCGGGAUGGGCGGUCAGGGACAAUAUCUGUGAACACCUUACGUACUCCAUACACUGCACCAGGGGAAAGUGAAAUCCUUGACUUGGAUGAUGACUUGUAUCUUGGAGGCUUACCAGAAAAUAAAGCAGGCCUGGUCUUCCCGACAGAAGUGUGGACAGCACUCCUCAAUUAUGGAUACGUCGGCUGCAUCCGAGAUUUAUUUAUUGAUGGUCAAAGCAAAGAUAUUCGACAGAUGGCUGAAAUUCAAAGCACAGCUGGAGUGAAGCCCUCAUGCUCAAGAGAAACUGCAAAGCCUUGCCUUAGCAACCCCUGUAAAAAUAAUGGUGUGUGCAGGGAUGGGUGGAACAGAUAUGUGUGUGAUUGCUCUGGCACGGGGUACCUUGGCAGAUCGUGUGAAAGAGAGGCAACAAUUUUAAGCUAUGAUGGAAGUAUGUUCAUGAAAAUCCAGCUGCCUGUUGUGAUGCACACAGAGGCUGAAGAUGUUUCUUUAAGGUUCAGGUCCCAGCGAGCUUAUGGCAUUUUAAUGGCAACCACUUCCAGGGAAUCUGCAGAUACCCUUCGGUUAGAGCUGGAUGCAGGACGAGUUAAGCUAACGGUCAACCUAGGCAAAGGCCCAGAAACCCUUUUUGCUGGCUAUAACCUCAAUGACAAUGAGUGGCACACAGUGCGCGUGGUGCGGCGAGGGAAAGGUUUAAAGUUAAUGGUGGAUGACCAGCAGGCUGUGACAGGUCAAAUGGCUGGCGAUCACACACGGCUGGAAUUCCACAACAUAGAAACAGGAAUAAUAACAGAACGGCGCUACCUGUCUUCUGUGCCUUCUAAUUUUAUUGGGCAUCUACAGAGUCUCACAUUUAAUGGCAUGGCAUACAUUGACUUGUGUAAAAAUGGAGACAUCGAUUAUUGUGAGCUAAAUGCAAGAUUCGGGUUCAGGAACAUCAUAGCAGACCCUGUAACCUUUAAAACAAAAGCAAGUUAUGUUGCACUGGCCACGCUACAAGCGUACACAUCUAUGCACCUUUUUUUCCAGUUCAAAACCACCUCCCUGGAUGGAUUGAUACUUUUUAACAGUGGCGAUGGAAAUGAUUUCAUUGUGGUUGAAUUAGUGAAAGGGUAUUUACACUACGUGUUUGACUUGGGAAACGGUGCCAACCUCAUCAAGGGAAGUUCUAAUAAACCUCUGAAUGACAACCAGUGGCAUAAUGUCAUGAUAUCAAGGGAUACCAACAACCUACACACUGUAAAGAUUGACACUAAAAUCACAACACAGAGCACAGCAGGAGCCAGAAAUCUAGAUCUAAAAAGUGAUUUGUAUAUUGGAGGAGUGGCCAAAGAAAUGUUUAAAUCCUUGCCCAAGCUGGUGCAUGCAAAGGAGGGGUUCCAAGGCUGCCUUGCAUCAGUUGACUUGAAUGGACGGCUCCCUGAUCUCAUCUCAGAUGCUCUCUUCUGCAAUGGGCAAAUAGAAAGAGGAUGUGAAGGCCCCAGCACAACGUGCCAAGAGGAUUCCUGUGCAAACCAGGGCGUGUGCCUUCAGCAGUGGGAUGGGUUCAGCUGUGACUGCAGCAUGACCUCCUUUAGUGGACCAUUAUGCAAUGACCCGGGGACAACGUAUAUCUUUAGCAAAGGUGGUGGACAGAUCACUUACACGUGGCCUCCCAACGACCGGCCGAGCACUCGAGCAGACAGACUGGCAAUAGGGUUUAGCACUGUGCAAAAAGAGGCUGUGCUGGUGCGAGUGGACAGUUCUACUGGCCUUGGAGAUUAUUUAGAGCUGCAUAUUCACCAGGGAAAAAUUGGAGUUAAGUUUAAUGUUGGGACGGACGACAUCGCCAUCGAGGAGAUGAACGCCAUCAUUAACGACGGGAAGUACCACGUGGUGCGCUUCACAAGGAGCGGUGGCAAUGCCACCCUGCAGGUGGACAACUGGCCCGUCAUCGAGCGCUACCCAGCAGGAAACAAUGAUAACGAGCGCCUGGCGAUUGCUAGACAGCGAAUUCCAUAUCGACUUGGUCGAGUAGUUGAUGAAUGGCUACUCGACAAAGGGCGUCAGCUCACAAUCUUCAAUAGCCAAGCAACCAUAAAAAUUGGAGGCAAGGAACGUGGCCACCCUUUCCAAGGCCAGCUCUCUGGUCUUUACUACAAUGGCUUGAAAGUUCUGAAUAUGGCAGCAGAAAAUGAUGCCAACAUCAUGAUAGAAGGGAAUGUGAGACUUGUUGGUGAAGUGCCUUCCUCUAUGACAACCGAGUCCACAGCCACCGCCAUGCAGUCGGAGAUGUCCACGUCAGUCAUGGAAACCACCACCACCUUGGCCACCAGCACCGCCAGAAGAGGAAAGGCUCCGACCAAAGAACCCAUUGGUCAGUCUUCAGAUGACAUCCUGGUGGCCUCGGCUGAAUGUCCUAGCGAUGACGAGGACAUCGAUCCCUGUGAGCCGAGCUCAGGUGGGUUAGCAAACCCCACCAGGGCAGGAGGAGGACGGGAGUACCCCGGCUCGUCCGAGGUGAUCCGCGAAUCCAGCAGCACGACGGGCAUGGUGGUUGGGAUCGUGGCGGCGGCGGCGCUGUGCAUCCUCAUCCUCCUGUAUGCCAUGUACAAGUACAGGAAUCGAGACGAAGGCUCCUACCACGUGGAUGAGAGUCGAAACUACAUCAGUAACUCAGCACAAUCCAACGGGGCUGUGAUCAAGGAGAAACAGCCCAACAGCGCUAAAAGUUCCAACAAAAACAAGAAAAAUAAGGAUAAGGAGUACUAUGUCUGAUCUCAACAUCUAAAAGAACGCUUGUAUAGAAAUAGUCUUCAUUUUAUCUGAGACAUAAUACAAACUUAUUUACUUUACUUUUUAUGAAGCACAUUCAAAAACAAACAAACAGAAAAGACAGGGAAUGCAAUCAGAAAGGAAAGACUGUUUUUAAAAACAAGCAUUUCAUGCUCUUGUUUUUCAGAAACAGGAGCUGAUAAAUUCCCUAACAUCCACAGUGUUUUCAUUUACUCUGCCUGUCUUUAUGUUGCUGGAACGUUUCUGAAAGACAAUGAUGACACCACGCACUCAUAAAGCAAGGAGUAUUACUACAACAUCGAGGCACAAUAUGAAAAAAUAAUCAAAUUAAAAAAAAACAAAACAGGAAAAUAAAAAAAAAAAGAAAAAAGAAGCUACCUAUGAUUCUGGAUUUAGCCAAAGUGCUAGCGCUUUCUUGAGAAGUAAGUUAGUCUUAUUGUCAGAGAAGACUGUCAUUAAAUGUGGUGACUCAACAAGCAAACAUAAAGAGUUUGCCGUCUGGUGCAGUGAAGCAGUGAUUGGAAACUUGCAUUUUGAAACAAAGUGCUGGCUUUUCUGAAGACUUAUGUAGAAAUACUUUCAAAAAGCCCCUUUCUGGUUGUGAGGAAAAUAGUAUGGAGGCCUUAUUUUCAAAAACAAAAACAAAA